AUGCGAGUCAGCCCCAAGAAUUUCUACCGGGCAUUUGCUCCAGCGGGCGUGCUCCUAUUGCCCUGUAUUGUCUUGUUGAUCUUUCGCACUCCUGCCCGUCACUUUUCCGCUGUCCACGACCGGUGGCGGUCCUCUGACCGAGCGGCGGGAACGCCAGGACAGGCGGCUGGAAACAGCACCUUGGGCUUCAGCGGCAUUUACUUCAUCAACAUGAAGAGGCGCUAUGAUCGCCUCGAUGCUCUCUCCCUGCAAUGUUUCCUGUCUGGUCUAGAGGCGAAGGAGGUUCCUGCGAUCGAGCCCGACAUGAUCAACGAUGCGGGUAUGCCGCCUAGCAAAUCACCCAACUUGGUGAAAAUAGGUGAGAAAGGCGCUUGGAGAGCUCAUGCGAAUAUUUGGUCAGCCAUGCUGAGAAAUAACCUCCCGCCCGUCAUCAUUCUUGAAUCGGAUGCAACUUGGGAUGUGAAUAUCCGCAAAAUCAUGCUCAACCUGAAUAAAAAUUUCCGCCAAUUUCUAAAAGAAAUCAAUUCGACUAGACUUCCCAAUCCUCGCUGGACAGACGACAUUGGCGGGAAGGAGGCGUUGGGUGAUUUGUGGCAAAGUGACCACUGGGACGUACUCAGUUUAGGCCACUGUCAUGACUCGGGAGAUAACAGAAACAUCAGUAUAAUCUUCCACGAUCCAGCUGUGCCGCCGGGCAAGGACUUUUACGGCAAAAAGCUCGACCGGCAGAGGGUCAUCCGAAAAGCCGGACGCAUCGUUUGCACAACGGCGUAUGCCAUCACCCAGACUGGGGCAGCUAAGCUACUGCUCAAGACGUCCCGGAACCUUGACGGUCCAUUGGAUCUGAUUGUCAUGGACAUGGUUAUGUCGGGGGAACUCGUGGCGUACAGCACGAUGCCGCCCAUCAUGGCGCAAUGGCAGUAUGUGGGCGGCAUCGGGAUGAACGAGCGCGGAGCCAACAGCGACAUACAGGGAUCCGAAGAAGACGCCGAGAAGGAGGAGCCCGACGAGAACCCCUGGGAGAAGGUUGACAAGUCUGGUAGUGUGUGGACAACCAAGCCAUGGCAUGAGGACGUUGCCUUUGAAGACAUGGCCCUGCAGGUUGCCUGGCAGAGGAUUUUUGGAGAUGAUUUUGGAAGCGACAGCAAGGGCGAAUGA